UUCCCAGCCGUCUUUCUGUUUUUCGUUGUUUUUCUUGGAUCCCCGUGAAUCCCGUGAAGCCUGAACUGCGUGACUGGUUUGGCCUGCCUGCGCCUGUCGUCCCAUGUAGCCUUCAGAACCAUCAAAACGAUCAGAAGUAUCCGAAUUAGUCGAUCCCGCAUUCACGCAUAUGGGUUGGGGCUGGUGUGUCUCCAUGGCGGGAUUGCAGGCACACAAAUUGACACACAUCAAUUCUUAUUGAAGGAGUCAUCGCGUUCAUUCCUUGGUGACCGAGCACGGCCUAACCGGACGGACCGAGAAUUCAUCCCAAUCGGAGUCCCUGCGUCCCAGAACCCCGGGUUGGUUCCGGGAGCCAAAUUGAGCCCAUCUAUUUCAAAUCGUGUGUGUGUGUGUUGUGUUGAGCCUGAGGGAAUCUUGUGACCGGCUUGUGACCGGCUUGUGACCGGCUUGUGACCGGCUUGGAGUGUGGAUGAUGCACCAUGGCUCGCCGCGGUCCAAUGCGUUGGCCGUGGUGGGUCUUGGACCAGUCCGUGAGCCGGCCUCGGCCAGCCAGCCCCGCCUCCUUCGCGCCUCGUCCUCUUCGCCCAUUCCGACCCCAUCGUGGCCCAUCUCCAGUCUGACGGCUGACACGGCUGCCACGGCUGGCCACGCUGGCACCGUUCUAGCCAUGGAUUCGGGGCUGGCCAGUUCGGGGCGGGAACCACGGGUGCCCGUUGGCGGCCUGAGCGGACCUCGGGUGGUUUUGACCUGGCCGAGCGAUCAAUUUCACGCCGAAAUUCGGGCCUUGGGCCUGAUCCAUCCCGAGGAUCGUUUGGUGCAAACCAUUCGGAUUGAGAGUUCCUAUCCGGAUCGGACCCGCUAUUUAUCCAUUGUAGCCUUAGGUGGGGCGGCGGGCACCCGCGACCCGACCGCCGGUCCAGACUUAGAGGAAGUUCAUCGGUAUUGCUUGGUGGGCUUGGACCGGCGGCCCAGCCCGCGAGCCGAUCCACCGCUUGAUGUGACCACGGUGGGUUUGAUGGUGCCCUUAAUGUGGGACAUGCGUAUCUCACUCGACGGCGAUGGAGGUUUUAGUCUCCGGCAAAACGAAGAGCAUUACAUUUUCAAGCCCGUGUCGGUGCAAGCCUUGUGGACCGUCAUCCAAACGUUAAGUCUGGUCUCGGAUCAUUUGGAACCUCAUUCUAGUCGUAAAGACGCGUGUCCCAAUCGGCCUUAUGUGGUCGAAUCGCCUCAGUCCUGCGUGAAUGAGUGGCAUUGGAUGGCCGACGUUUUAGUCCGACGUCCGAGCUCACCUCGCCGAUUGAUUCGCGCAUCAGGUGAUUCGAGUACAUCCCUCCUGGACUGGGAUCCGGUCUUGGACACCCAGGGUGUGAUCCGCACCCGCCUUAAACGAAUCAUGCAGGCCGCUGACCUAGACUCGAUCACCUCCAAAAGUAUUCGCAACCAACUCGAGCGCGAUAUGAAGCAGGAUUUGGAACAAUACAAGUCAUUUAUUGAUAAAGAAAUCUUGGUAAUUCUCGGUCAAAUGGAUCCAGCCUCAGAGAUCCUAGAUUAUCUGUAUUUGGGUUCGGAAUGGAACGCCUCGAAUCUGGAAGAGCUUCAGCAAAAUGGCAUCACCCACAUCCUCAAUGUGACGCGAGAAAUCGACAAUUUCUUCCCAUCCGUGUUUAAGUACCAAAACAUUCGAGAAUACGAUGAGGAGGCCACCGAUUUGUUGCGCUAUUUGGAUCGAACGUAUCGCUUUAUCAAGGAGGCCCGAAUGGCGAGCGGGAAAGUGCUCGUCCAUUGUAAAAUGGGGAUCAGCCGAUCUGCCACGGUGACCGUUUCCUACCUGAUGAAAGAAUACGGCCUUCCUUUGUCGGACGCCUUGUUCAAGGUCAAGCAGUGCCGAUCCAUCGUGAAUCCGAACAAGAGCUUUUGUAAGCAAUUGGAAGUGUACGAGGGUAUUCUUGGAGCUAUUCGACAUCGACACGUCUCAUUUGACUUGUAUCGUUCCAAAUCGGAAAGUAGUCUAGUGCCCAGUCCUGAUUUGUCAGACAAAGGAGAAGCGGGCAGUGGUGCGGGGGAGCUUGGUUCAAUGAUCGACCCCAUCCCACUCUCUCGUCCGACCACCAACGUGGAUAUUAAGGCCUUGACGACAGUAUUUAGCCGCCCCGCCUCAGAACCUUUGUACCUUCGACCCAAAUCGUGGAGUCCGAGCGAGAAGGUGACAGACCGCCUCAUUCCCAAGCACGGGGACGAUUCUGACUCUGAGGCCAAAAGAGACGAUUGCCAAUGCUUUGGUGAGUUGACGGGGCAUCGCUGUUCGUCUGAGCCCAACCAUGAGAUGGAGAAUACCGAUAGUGAAGGACAUCCAAGGCCAAUUUCGGUGGUGGAGGCCAAGAAUGUUGGGUAUUUGAUGCCUACCACUCCCCCUCCACCCGUCAAUACCUCCCUCUAUGACCCGAGUUGUGACUGUGAUAUGGAACUUGAGUUGGGAGUUCCCGAACACCCCGUACUUAUUCAUGACGAUGACGAGGAUGUGACGAAGAGCGCCCAAACCGACGUGAUUGUACAAAGUCUCUCUAAUCUACCGUUGCAAAUGCGCACAACUUCUCAAUUAGACGAGUUCCAUUUCCAAGGUAGAAAUCCUGCCUCGAAGUCAAAUUUGCCGCUCCAGCGUAAAACGGCAUCGAGCAUGGUGCCCAAGCAAAUCAAAAUCCAACCAUAUGAGAACUCAACUGGCCUAAACCUAAACGUCGACUCAAACCCGUCCAUGACAGUUGGUCUCGAAUCCACGCUUUUGGCUCAGACGUCUACCACAAGCGAAGAUACUCAAAGUCAAUCGGAACCCAUAGGCAUCCCAACACCUGAACCACUUAUCCCGGAUGAGCUAUCAGUGAAAACCCUGGCCAAUAUGUUCGACUACAAAGUGGGAAGCGUCCCCCUUCGACCUUGCUCGGCCCGACUUCAAGAUAAUCGGCUGUUUCAACGGGGCAAGGACAUGACGAGCCCCAGUGCCUUCAGACAAACCGGGACUAAAACGCCACUUGCCACCACAGAAGAUCAAUCUGAAUGCUGAAAUCCCUUUUGGACCACCUCACUUGUAUGAAGACUACCACCCCAUCCAUGCUGUGAUCGAUUAUUCAAGCUUUAUCACCAAAACACAACCACCCCACCUGAUCAAAUGCUAUUUAGUUAUUGCUCGAAACGGACGCCAAGCACGGCCUCCUCAUCAAACCAUCGUAAUAUGGUUUUCCAAUGAAAUGUGAACCGACUGUUUUGUCAUCAAUAAAAGCGCCUACGUAAAAGGGCAUCAUUGAUUGAUUGGAACGUAAUUGAAAGCUUUUAUAGUGUCUGUUUGCAUGCUUUGUUUCUAGAA